UGGGUAAAACGCAGAACCUUCAAAAGGUUCUGUCAAAAUUUUUAUCCUUUUUUUGAGACUUUGAACACAUUUGGAGCAUUUUGAAAAUCUACAGAACCUUUUCGGAGGGUUCUGUAAACCUUCUUUAUUUUUUUCAGAGUAGACCCCAAAACAGCUUUUAGAUAUAUCGGAAAAAGACAAAAACUAAAAUUAACAUAUAAUCCAAUGUAAAAAGUAAAUAUGUGCCUCAUAAUAAAUGAUUACAGUUUGCACCUAAUAUUUUAAGCUAUGAAUACCUUUAUUUAAAAAACACAAUAUACCACGAGAUGCAACUUGAAAAGCUCUACAUCCUCCAAAUUAAAGUUUAUUUAAUAAAACACUUUUUGUUUGUUUUUAAAAAAGCAGAUUGCGCAGAAUUUAGAGCGUCUUUGAACAAAAAAGGUGUAAGGAAAAAAUAAGCUGUUCUCUAUCCACUGUAAAGUUUUCAAGUUGCAUCUUCUGAUACAUUUUGUCUUUUUAAUAAAUGUAUUUAGAGAUUAAAAUAUGAAAUGGGGGAAGUGCAACCAUUUAUUUACUUUUUACAGCUAUAUAUAUGCUUUUAGUUUUCGUCUUUUUUCAGAUAUAUCUAAAAGCUGUUUUGGGGUCGAAUCAUAUAUGAGUUGGCAGAGACUUUCAAGCGCUAUCUUUUGAUUACAAAACAGUUUCAAUCAUAAGGAUAAUAUAGGACAUAUCUUAAAAAUACUGAGAGGACCCAUUCUUUCUGGGACACCCGUUACUAUAUGCCCUUUGCGUGCCAUUUUUGAUCGCUUAAUAUUAGAUACGUUCUAAUUACAAACAUCAGUCUUAUAAAAUUUAGCAGAAUAAUUUUCAUAAAAGAAAAAAAUAAAUAGAGCUCAUCACUUGAAACUCCGAUGAAUGACUUUUUAAUGUCUGCUUGGGUUAACUACAUAUGCAAUUAUUUAAGUUUGAUUUUCUAUAAAAAUAUAGAAUUUAAAUACUUUUGAGAGAGAGAGAACGAUAUGCUAUAUGUGUGAUUCACUCUGUAGAAUAAUCUUCCAGUAUAGAAAAAAACUUAUUCGGAGGAAUUUCUAGAAAAAAAGUGAUCUAUUCAAAGAGUUUUGCUCGAUACUUCCGAAAUUGUUUCAUAUACUAGCUAUACUCGAGAAAGAGAGAGAGAUCUCCUUUUAUUCUUACGCUUUCUCUUCUAGUUAAUAUUCCUGCUAAUGCUAAAUGGAAACAGAAUGGAGUGGCUAUUGCUGGAGGUCACGGGCAAGGGAAUGCUACUAAUCAACUCAACGGGCCUCAAGGUCUCUUCAUUGAUGAUGAUCAAACAGUGGUUAUUGCUGAAUUCUGGAAUCAUCGUAUCAUGCAAUGGAAGAACGGUGAUACAGCGAAUGGGCAAGUUGUUGCUGGUGGCAAAGGUCAAGGAAAUGGAUUACAUCAAUUGGAUCUUCCCAAUGAUGUAUUAAUUGACAAAGAGACGGAUAGUCUCAUUAUUUGUGAGCGAGGGAAUCGAAGAGUUGUACGAUGGUCUCGUCGUAGUGGCACAACACAAGGUGAAAUACUCAUCAACAACAUCGACUGUUGGGGAUUAGCAAUGGGUGAACAGAGAUAUCUCUACGUUUCUGACUACGGAAAACAUGAAGUAAGACGAUAUCAAUUGGGUGAGAAGAAUUACACUCUCGUAGCAGGUGGCAAUGGCAAAGAUAAUGAUACCACUCUACUCAACGGGCCAAAAUAUCUCGUUGUCGAUCGACAACAAAAUCUCUACGUAUCAGACAACAACAAUCAUCGUGUAAUGAAAUGGAAUAGAGGCGCAAAAGAAGGUGUUGUGGUCGCUGGAGGACAAGAUCAGGGGAGUGCUUUGACACAAUUAUAUUGGCCUGAAGGAAUCUUCGUUGAUACAUUGGGCACACUCUAUGUAGCAGACCGGGGGAAUCAUCGUGUAAUGCGUUGGACUCAAGAAGACAAGAAACAAGGCACUGUAAUUGUGGGUGGAAAUGGUCAAGGAGAAGGAGCAAAUCAGUUACGCGGCCCCGUUGGUUUGUCUUUCGAUCGACAUUGUAAUCUCUAUGUCGCCGAUUGGAAUAAUCAUCGUGUACAACGAUUUUCUAUCGAAUAA